CACCAUUUAUCAACCUAUCACUCAAAGUGAGUCUGGCAAGAAUGCCUUCUUCUUCCUCAUCAUCAUCAUCACUAAACACAAUGCAAGAAGACGGUCAACCACUAGUAAUUCAUGCAGAAGGAUUACCAUGCUUAAAACGACAACAAUUGGAGAAUCUUUGUAUCCGCUUAGGGGUGAAAUCAACAGGAAAGAAGAGUGAACUGAUCGCUCGUUUGGAAGGAUUCGCAAUGGGAAAAAGCGCUUCUGUCAUGUCUAACUUGAACGCACAAGCCGAGGUUCCUGAGGAAGUAGUGGAAACAGAACAAGCUCCAGAAAUGAACACAGCCUCUCAAGAGAGCCCAGAUGAACAAAAAGAAGAGGACGAAGAAGGAGCCGACGAUGGCGAUAUUAGCAUGCUACCAAACACAGCCAGCAUUCGAGUUAUCUCAAAGCCACGUGAAUCUCACUUUGUUAGUGCCAUGCCAGAUCCAUUCGAAAUGGAAAUUGGUGUGGUAUUACCCAGAAGCGAUAGUAGUAACGGCAGCUUGAGCAGUUUGAGUAAACGAUCGGUUAGCGGUACCACUCUCAAAGAACUUGAUAUGCAGAAACCAAAUUUACCCAGCACUCAACAAAAUCACAUGGCUGAAGAGAAAUCCACAAAGCGAACAGUCUCGGGCAGCUCUCUCUACCCAUGGAAGAAGCUCAUGGGCAGUCAUAAGGCAAGUAGCGAGUCAUUGUCAAAGAAAGAUGAGUCAAGCGAAGCCAAUAACGCACAGCAGACCGCUGCAGGACCUUCUACUGCAGAGAUGGGACUAGGCUUGACCGCAAGUGAUAGUCAAGCCAGCAUCUCGAGUGCUUUCCGUAAAUGGCUCAAAGGUGAGGGUACAUCGAGUAUCACUCCAUCAUUUCCUUCCACUCGGAGGGUCACCCGAAGCGCUUCUGCUGCUAGCAGUGUACUCAAUGCUUCCAAAGCGGAAGAAGAGAAAGGUCCACUGCAACAAGAAGUUGAGCAGCCUCAAGCCAUUUCUGAAGCACCCAUCUCAAAACGUAAGCGCUCAAUUGGUGAAGGUGAUACAUCUCAUGAUGAUUGUGGUGUGCCCACCUCACCUGAAGUGCCACAACGCCGUAUCAAACCACGACCAAGUCGUGCAAAGAGGUCUAAUGUGACACCAAGUAUGGAAUCUGCAACCUCACCAUCAGCACAAGAGAAGGUCUGGGCAGAAAUGCAAGCUCGAAUGGCUGCAAAAGCAAAAGAAUCUUCAGAAGGGGAGAGCAGAAAGGUCUCUGGUGCAUCUUCGAUCGGAAGUGGCGCUCAAACUCCAAAUUUGCCACCUUCGCCUUUGAAAUCGGUCAAUAGCCGUACAAAAGGUAGAUUCAGUUCACAACAUGAUAAACAGUUUGGACGGAUGGAUAGCAUUGCAAGUCAUUAUUCUGCUCGUAGAGAUGUAAGUAGUGGUACAGGACGUGCAAGAAAGGUAUCUGAGGCUAUCGAAGAUGAAAAAGAUGCAGAGAAACAAGUCGCUCCAGUCAAAAAGGCACGCUUGGAUGCUCCGGCUGAAGACAAAGAGGUAGCUCCAGCAGCCAACAAAGCAAUCACGAUUGCACCUGCCGACCCUGCUUUACCUCAAAGGACAGAUGAAGAAAGGGCUGCGAUCAAACGAAAGUUGGAAUUGGCACGUCAUAGGAGGAGAAGCAGUACUGCAGCUGCAAGAGCCAGUGCAUCCUCCGCUACUGCACGUCGAGCAGCUGCUGCCCAUGCUGGUCCUUCUUCUAAGUUAUCCAGUGCGAUCAAAUCGGGUGGAUUUGCAUCAAAGAUUUCGUUUGCCGUUCGUGGAUUUAUGGGAGCUGCUGCUCGUGGCCUGACAAGCAAUAGCACUGUUGUCCCUCCUGCUGUUGAAAAGGUGAAAGAACAAGAAGUAGAAAGAAGUACAAGUACAUCCAUGGCACCUCCAGCCACACCUUCGAUUGGACAAAAGAGUUUGGAGAAGAAGCCCAGUGUACAAACAUUGACCGCUACUUCGCCUUCGAAAUCGUCAUCAGCACUUGCUAAGAAACGCUCCACGUUUGAUUUACAGGCAAGCUUGGCACGCAAGCCAACAGGCUAUACACCUUAUUCAGCAAAGGAAACUAUUGGAAUGUUGAACAGUUCUCCCAUGAAGCCAAGCACGUUCAAUGCAGAUUCUUCUUCUGUCUCACGCUCUAGCAGCAUUAAUUUCCCAUCUACUUCUCCGGUCAAAAAGACAGUCGUGAAAGAGGAAAUGGAGGAAGAUACAGAGAAUCAAGAACCUUCAAGCAUGUCUCCAACACCAAGUACGCCUGUCUCUCCUCGUGUGGGAAUGGUGAAAAAGACACGUUCGUCAGCAUCCCAUUCGGCACGAUCGUCAAUCAAAGCAGGUAGAAAGUCCAACAUCAACAACGCAUCAAGAGCAUCAGCUGCACGAUCUUCCGGUGUGAAUGGAACGCCAAAUUCGCGUAAACGACCACCAUCUUUGCAAUCCGUCAAUCAAACAAUGGCAAAAGAUAUAGUUAGCGCUCGUCGUUCACGUACGAAUGCAAUGCAUACGAGUGGAAUACCACAACGUCAAUUCAGACAAUCUGCUUCGCAUGGAAAUCGUAGAUCAAGUGCUGCUAUCAACGCAACGGCAACUUUACGCAAUUCUACCUCUUCUACUAUCAAUGCUCCUCCUCCUUUGCCUGCUCCUCCUGCAGCAGGACAUGGAUCGCCAAGAAAAGGAAACAGCUCUGCUUUCGUUGAAGGUAAAGGACGUGGAAAAUCCGGUUUCUUGGAAAGUGAUCAUGAUAGCAUCCCAAGGGCAAGCUCUCAACCACAACGUAAAAGAAGCACGCAAGCCUUAACCAUGCAAUCGUAGAAUCAGCUUUUUCUACCUUCUGUUGUAUAAAUAUGCUUAUAUCUGUAUUAUCUCUCUCUACGUUUUUGUCAUA